GAUGAAGAAGGGUCAUCCUUUGCUGUUAGAGAGUGGUAUAAGAUCCAGCAUAACCUUCUCCCAACAACUCGAGUUAUUGGGAUCAACUGGUUCUUGACAUGGUAUCAGAGCUGGUUUGACCAAGUGGUCGUGUGUUCGAAUCUCCACGACCUCCAAUAUUAACAGUUGUGUUCAAGCACAUGGUAUGGCGGGCCUGUGCAAACUUCAAGCCCAUGAGUCGGCUUUCGUUUGAGGGGGCGUGUUAGAGAGUGGUAUAAGAUCCAGCAUAACCUUCUCCCAACAACUCGAGUUAUUGGGACCAACUGGUUUAUGACAUUGCCGCUUUGGAAACUCGUAGAAAGAACUUUUUAGAAUGUGACAUAAGAUUAGUGUAUCAUUCAACCACAUACAUCAAUUCAGCCAACGAUAUAUGAUACAAUUUUAGCUAAUCAAAUGUCAACUCGAAUCAUAGACUAGAUUGAUAGUUUUUCGCACAAACGAUCUUUUAUUGCCACCUAACCAUCUUACUAGUUUUGAUCACGAGACGAAAGAGAUAACGACAAUAUCUAAACAGUGGAGGAUAAAAGUUGUGCAUGGUGGCAAUCAAGGCCAAAUACUAUCAAGGCCAGAAUGAUCUAAGGCGAGGCAGACAGAUUAACUAAGAUUUGACUGAUGGAUCUAAUAAUCACGAAAACUAGCUGAGCGAUCGAUGGUGUGAUUGCUCUUCUAUCAUGUACUCGUCCUUAGAACUUGAAAAUGAUCACCUCCAUGCACCGCCUUUCAAGAAUCAUUCAUGCAAAAUUCACCACAAUCUGAGAAUCUCAUUAUAGAGAUUGCUCAAAAUAUGACUCACUUAGUGAGAAAGAUUGUGGUUACAAAUUACAAUGAGCAUUUGGUAAAAAUAUGCAACCUUUUGCACAAUUUUACAAUUAGGUGCCUAGAAAAGCACAGCAACCUCAUCUUGACCAAAUAACGUUCAAACUUCAUUGCUAUCAAACACGACUUGACUUCUCUUCUCUUCUGCUCCCCGCAAGUUGUUUGUAUUUAAUUCCAAUUCACUUAAUUAUUUAUUUGGCAUUUUAUUGUUUUGGAAUUGAACCUCAAACCCUUAUUUUGUUUCCCAAACUUGAAAAUAAAUUAUAAAUAUGUUGGUUCAAAUUCUUUGCUGACAUGGCUCACAAUAAUACCAACAACCCAACACUCAAAACCACACACAACCUUUUGAGCUACUUAAAAGCUAAAUUGGACAACAAAAUCAUCUUCAUUUGAAAUUUCUUUACAUGAUUCUUCCAGUAGGCAUGCUAUUAAUGAUCCGCUCAAUCUUGAACGGACCAGAGUUUAUUUAGUCUGUCUGUAGCGUCACCAAUAUGACGUCCGCGCGGAUAUGAGUUCUUCUUCAUAAAAAGAGGAGUAGUCUUUUAUUUAACAAUAAUUGAUCCACACACUCAAAAUGGACUCACUUCCUAAAUAUGAUCAAACAUUCAUGGGGAAUUCUAUGGUGCAGUCACUGCACUAGUACCGCCACUUUAUUGUAACCGGUUGAGUUGGUGAUUUAUUGGUUGACUCCGGUUUAGUAAUUUAAUUAAUAAAACAUAAAAAAAACAAAAAGAAACAAAAGGCAAAAGGCAGGACAGUCGUUCCCUUCCAUGUCUUUCCAUUGUAAAUCAAGGAAACCCUUUCGUCGCGGCACUCCACCACCACGUUGUUUUCGUCGAUCGACCUCACCAGCAAAAUCCCAACUUCGUCUGGCAAAAUCAGCUGCGUCAUCAGCCCCGUACUACCACCAAAUGCAAGCUCUGGUCACAUCCCUAGAUAUGGUCGCCGGCAACGGCGUAGCUAAAUCGUACACAGCUCUCGCGUUGCAGACGAUCUCUCGGCGGUUUCGCAGCCUCCGGGAUGCAAUCGGCAGCCAAUUAGACGCAAUCAGGAGGAAGCUAGGCGAGCCAGAAGCAGCAUCCCGCUGCAUCCAGCGUCUUCGGUAUGUGGAGCAGCAGCUCAGGCAGCAGCGAGCGCUUCAGCAGCUCGGCGUCAUGCGCCGCGCUUGGAGGCCUCAGAAGGGCCUUCCCGAAAACUCCGUCACAGUUCUCAGCAUCGUUUCUGCCGCGUGAAUCCAUAAUCACCAUCGCCAUUGCGGCCGAUCGACCAUAACCACCCACAUCCCGAAUCCCCGGCAAUCAAUGUCAACACCGUCGUCAACCCAGUUGCCGCAGCCAGGUCACGUCUCUGUUGUGCCAAUAAACCACCAUUGUCGCUGGUCGGCCAUCACUACCCAAAUCCCGACACCCUCGAAAUCGUCAUAGUCGUCAAGGCUCCUCCCCUCUCGUUUUAAUCACCGCCGAUUCAAUUUCCCCAUCCAUGGUUACACAAUUCCUGAACCACCUUCCGUCCGUCAUCGAAAUCGUCUGGCUGCCCUGUCAAUCCCAACAACGUCCCUACCGAUCAGUAAGAGACAUAUAUUAUUUAUAAAAAAGAUUUAAUUAUAAAUAGGUUCAACCAAAGGUUCAACAAAAUCUGGUUAAGUGA